CAGCACUCUUCCUUCACAACUGCAAAUGCAGUCUCCAUGUUCUUUCUUUGCGUGCUUCGUUACGCACUUUACAUUCUUGUGCCACUCUCAUUGAUCCUUUCAAGCUAUCUUUACCUGUACCCCGUUUUUCACCUCUGCGCAUUCCCAUCCCCUAAUCAAGAUGCGAAAUCCAGCUACUUCAACACCAUUCUCCAGCACACCCCUUUCUCGUCCGAAGAUUCGAAAUCGGUAGCGCAGUUCCGACUCCUGGCUCUAGGGGAUCCGCAGCUCGAAGGCGACUCCUCGAUUGAUUUCGUCGAGUCUACCACAUUUCCUCACUUCUCGAAAUUCUUCGACGAUGCUUUUGGGUCGAAACAUGGCCCGCUGCAGAGCGUGAGGCAUGGGUUGCAUGAUCUAGUUGAUUUUUAUCUCGACGAUAUACCGAAAGCGCUGGAGGUUUACAGGAAGAGAUUGGAUCACAUUGGUAAUGAUUAUUACCUCGGGCAUAUCUACAGGACGUUGCAUUGGUGGACGAAGCCUAGCCAUGUUACUGUUCUGGGAGAUCUCGUCGGCAGCCAAUGGAUUGAUGAUGAGGAGUUCGAGAGCCGCGGUUGGAGAUUCUGGAAUCGUGUUUUCAGGGGCGGAAUCAAGGUUGCUGAAGAGCUCACCAGUCAGCCUGCCGAAAACUUCGAAGGGGCCAUGAUACUUGGAGAAGAAAAGGAGGAGUGGAAACGAAGGAUCAUAAAUGUUGCUGGGAACCACGACAUUGGCUAUGCAGGCGAUUUGGAUCAAGGACGGAUGGCGAGAUUCACAAGGAUGUUUGGGAAGGCGAACUACGAGAUGCGGUUCAAUCUGCCAGUCAAUACAACGGAAGAGGACCAUCCUGUGCCGGAACUGAGGAUCAUUGUGCUGAACGACAUGAACUUGGAUACCCCGGCAGGAGUGAAGGAGCUUCAGGACGAGACCUAUAAUUUCUUGAAUAGUAUCAUCACUACUUCUCAAGACGUUACUCGCGCCGCACACUUCACAAUCGUUCUUACGCAUAUUCCGCUAUUCAAAGAAGCUGGUGUUUGUGUAGAUGGGCCGUUCUUCGAUUUCUUCGAUGGCGAAUUUGGCAAUGGAGUAAAGGAGCAGAACCACCUAUCCAUGGACGCUUCGAAGGGGUUCCUAGAAGGCAUAUUCGGCAUGAGUGGGAAUACGGACGUUCCAGGCCAUGGAAAUGGUCGACACGGUGUGAUUCUGAAUGGUCACGAUCACGAAGGUUGCAAUGUCUACCAUUACAUCAACCAAUCCUCGGAUCCAGAACGAGUAUGGAAAUCUACAACUUAUCCGUCCGCUCUUGCAACUGGGAUCACUGAAGAGAUGUUAAUUCCUGGCUUACGAGAGGUCACUGUGCGGAGUAUGAUGGGCGAUUUUGGAGGCAAUGCUGGACUGAUGAGUUUGUGGUUCGAUGAGGAGGAGUGGGAUUGGCAUUUCGAGUUCGUGAAUUGCAAAUUAGGAACUCAGCAUAUUUGGUGGCUUGUGCAUAUUUUGGAUCUGAUCACCUUGGGUGUCGGGUUUGUAUAUGGGAUUCUGGUCGUCUUGCAGUCAUCUCCUUGGAACUUAAUUGACAAGAAGGUGGCAGAUGGAAACAGUGGGAAGCAGAAUGGUAUUUUGUACGAGAAGAAAGGGAACGGGCAUGCUGGCUUUUCAACAGACGCGCAGCCGGUCAAGUUGAAUGGUGGUGUGCACCAGACCGUUGCAGGGAAAGGGAGUUUGAGGAAGAAGAAGAGCAAAGCAACCAUGAAUGGGUUGAGCUCAAAUGGACAGAAGCUCCUUCGGGUAGUGUUCUUGCCCGAUUACAAGUAUCGGGUCCAGGAGCAUGUCAGAUGUUCGCAGAAAUCCUCCGAUCCAGGAAGUCCCGGCGUUUCAGCGACUUUCACUUUUGGAACCACUUCCAUCAAUGCCUUCAAGCGCCAGACACCAAGGGCAAAGAACGGCGACUCCAACCGAAAAGCUUGGGAGCAACAGGAUCUUGCUGUUCUGAAAAAUGUCCUGUUCAAUACCACACAGACCAUGUCUGGUUUGCCUCGAUACCCCAAAGCGCUCGUACCUCUUACGUCAGAAGAACCCGUUGUUUGUAAACACGAAAACCCUACAAUCUCGCGAGUUAGCCUUUAUGAGCUUCCUGCUGAGGUUCUCAUGAUCAUUGGCGAGCUUCUUGGCCCUGUGAGUGCUUCGUCACUGGCACUUUGCAAUCGAACGGUACUCUGGAAGCUCGGAAACCGCCAUUUCAAGCGACUUGCACGAGAUCACCCCUUGAACUAUCCAAUAUUAGAUAGUCGUCGUGCUGUGAAUAAUGCUGUAACGCGAACUAGAUCCAAUCUUGAACGUCUUCUUAAAAUGCUCGACAAAGAGUCGAAGGAUGUCAUCUACUGUUAUUAUUGCAAACGACUCCACAGACCAGAGCACACCGCUGCUUCCGUGCCAGGAUAUGGAGGAACAAGCAGAUCAUUUGUACCUUGUGCCUACGUCCACAGAUACCAAUACCCGUACGAAGCAGUCCAUCCGAUGUUUAGUUUUGCACUAGCCAGGAUGGUGAUGAAACUUCAUCGAGCCGGGCUUGAUUACUUGAAGUAUUUACAGACAAUCCCGCGGACGAGGAUAGAUUACAAAGAGACUCAUACGUACCUACGGUCUAUCGAAUUUCGAAUUGCACCUAUCGAGGGCGGACAUCUUAUUCUUCGAACUCAACAUUGGUAUCUGGUUCCUAUCUACCGAUUCAAUCUGUACCGCAUAACAAUAUGUCCGCACAAGAAGGAUUUAACUCUCCUAUUCGACCUCAGGCAAUCGGCCAAGAUAUGGCCCCAUACCGUUAGAUAUCUUGAGGUCGCCCACCCACCGACCAGGAACACGGACAUGAAGAAAUACUUGUGUCCCGCAUGUUUAAGCGAGUACCAAAUUGACAGCAAAAGAAUGUCCGAUGAGACAUUGGCUAUUUGUGUUACAGUCUGGCAGGACUUUGGCACAUGUCGUGCUCCGUUCGAUGCGCGCUGGAAACGGUUGUCUCUCGCUAAUCAAACAGCUUCAAGAAAUGCUUAUAUCACCACUGGGAUUAUGAGUCAGUAUUUUGAGUUGUGGAGGCCGUCUGAUGAGUAUCUGAGUGGUCCCAUCAGAGAGUUGUUCACUCUCGCGAGGCCAGAGAUUGGACUUGGCCAAUGCCACAGAUGAGGACUCACGGGAGAAGAGUGAAGGUUGGAAGUUGGCAUACUCAUUGCUAUCAUUCUCGGUUAUUCCUUGGACAAGUUGCACUCGGAAGUCCACGCUUGCGGGGUCUACUUUCUACAUGAUUGCUCUAUUCUACGCUCGAUGAUGCAAAACCCAUUCUAAUCGGCGCCGUUAUAUUUCAGCUCCUCUUAACUUAUUCCUCCUCGCUUGAUCUUUCGCCCAUGAAAUCGGAUCCCUCCA